AUGCUGUUCAAGACAUCAGCUGAGGACUCCACCACCACAGCCGCACGCACACGCCGGCGCUGAUACCCGCCGCUUUGCAUUGAGCCCGUCCGGGCGGCCUUCGUCUCGGUCCCAAGACAACAGCCACCCCCCCCCCAGAAUCUCGUCGCAGACAUGCCGCAUAGUCACAGCCAGCACCCGCAGGGCCAUAUUCCCCUCAAGACCUUCUACACGAACGCCAAGACGGAGCCCGAGGAAACUGACGAUAUAGCCAGCCGUCAAUGCGGCCCUCAUAACGGCGAUGCGGUCUCCAGUCAAGCCGACCUGCCGAACGACUACGACCUGGACGACUACGGCAUGCCGAGCUUUCAGCCCCAGGGCGCGAGCGACCUCGACACCAGCAACAUCGAUUGCGUCGACGUCUUCCUCGAGGAUUGGAGCACUCUUCAACCACCAGCUGACUCGGACUCGGAUGACGACAGCGAUGAUCAUCCCACAGUUGACCUCGGAACUGGUUGCAAACAAGAUGGUGGCAACGAUCCAGCAGCUUCUCUCCCGGCAGAGCAAGACUCGGAGUGGGGCCCGCCUCCAAGCGUCUCCGCUCAUCCCGAUGCCAUCAAUAUACUCGUUCUGGGCGAGACUGGGGUGGGCAAGUCGACCCUCAUCAACGCCAUCGCCAACUACCUGAGCUUUGACAGCUUUGAGGAUGCGCUCGCGAGCGACGAGCCUAUAACCUUGGUUCCAGCCCGCUUUACCCUCUGCGAUUCCGAAACCUUUGAAGAUGUAAUUGUCGAGUCCAAGACAAUCGAUCUCAAGAACCCCGGCCGAGUCGUGCAUGAGACUGCAAGGCUGGCUGCGGGACAGUCGGGGACGCCGUUCCCCCAGUCCUAUGUCUUCUGCCUCAACGACGGAGCGGGCACCCCAACCAAGAUCAGGAUCAUCGACACUCCAGGCAUGGGCGACACCCGGGGAAUCGCCCAGGACAAGAUCAACAUGGACAACAUCGUUCGAUAUGCCUCCUGGAUCGGCAGCAUCCAUGCAAUUGUUCUUGCCCUUCCCACCAACAACAGCCAUCUCACCGUUUGGUUCCGGCUGUGCAUCCUCGAGUUGCUGCAGAACUUUGACCGUGCCGCAAUCGAGAGCAUGGUCUUCCUCUUCACCAAAGCACGCGUGACGUAUUUCCGGAUGGGUGAUACCACCAUUGCUUUGGAAAAGUUCUUCCAGCAGAUCCGGGAAGAGUCCGGCGUCGAUAUUCAGAUCCGGGAAGACAAUAUCUUCCUGGUCGAUAACGAAGCUUACCGCUUCCUCCUGGCACGGCAGAGCGUGGAUUUCCUCCAGAGUGAAAUCGAAGGCAUCCAGGAGUCAUGGAACAAGUCAGCCGAGACCGUCCGCCGGCUCUUGGCGCUAGCACAAGCGAAAGGCCCUCAGGACCUCCGGCUGACUGCCCAGCUCCGCAAACUCCGGACUUUUGCCCGAAAACAAACUCGGGCACUGAUAGAAACGCCGCAAGAGCCGCACGUGCGGAGAUCAUUAAAGUUGCUGAUUGCAUGCACAUACUAUCUUCGGCUCCAUAGCAUUUUCGUCAAGCAAGAAGCAUUCCUGGACCUAGAGGAUCUCGACGAGAUCAAGUGGCAAGCCUAUGGAGACGACGUCAUUGAUCUGGAGAAACUGGGGAUGCUGAAAGAUCUGAAGGACAUGUAUGAUAUCGAAAAGGCGCUGUCGAGCUUCGAUGACGAAGAAACCGCUCCUCCCCCAAGUCUGGAUGACAUUGUCACCCAGAUUGAGCGGCUGGAGCGCGGCGAAGAUAUUGUGCUGGCAGAGCUGACCAUCAGUCCGACGUUGAUUCGCAAAAUUCAUCGCCAACACGAAUGAACCUGAAAACUGUUG